CUCCAUCUCCAAAUCUUCAUUCCUACCAAACUCCCAUCAUCAAUGGCUUCAAUUGCUGCUACAUUCACAUUCCCUCUGCCAAUCCCAAUUCCUCCACUCCAAACCAAAACGAUCAAAAGAAGGUCCAUAACAAUUAUCUCAUGCAAAAAGCCACAGCACGGCCACCAUCUCCCGCCGGGACCGACAAAGCUUCCCCUGAUCGGAAACUUGCACAACCUGUUCAUCGGCCGCUCGCCUCUGCCACACCACGCCCUCAGGGAACUCGCCGACGAGUACGGCCCUCUGUUCCACCUCCGGCUCGGUGAAGUUCCCUCCGUCGUCGUUUCCUCGCCGGAGAUCGCCAGAGAAGUUAUGAAGACCCACGACCAUGUUUUCGCCGAUCGGCCACGGAUUCUGGCGGUGGAUAUCGGCACUUGGGGCAGCCAGGACAUCGCCUUCUGCCCGCUCGGCGAUUACUGGCGGCAGAUGAAGCGAAUCUCGUUAACCGAGCUUCUGGGCGCGAGAAAGGUACAAGCUUUCUCAUCAAUCCGCGAAACAGAGGUUUCUAAUCUAGUAGAUUCAAUCCGCCGCUCGUCCCACAACGGUGAGAACCCAAUAAACAUCAGUGAAAAGAUUUACAGUCUGUUCAAUGUCAUAAUCUGCAAGACCGCGUUUGGCAUGAAUUGGGAAGAAGACGACAUAAUACAGUCGAUGAGGGAGGCUGCGCAGGUGGCCGGAGGAUUCCACGUGCUCGAUUUCUACCCUUCUCUGGAGUUCUUGCACGGGCUUAGCGGGCUGAAAUCGAAGAUCCUGAGAAUGAGAGACCAUAAAGAUGUGAUCUUGGACAGAGUUAUAGCAGAGCAUAAACAGAGGUUUGGGCAGAGACGGCGAGGCUGCGACGGCGGCGGUGGGAUUGAUGAUGUGGAAUCCGAGGACGGUGAGGAUUUCGUGGAUGUGUUGAUUAGGCUUGAGGAGGGUGGAGGGUUGCAGUGUCCCAUUACGAAUACAAGCAUCAAAGCCGUCCUUGUGGACUUGUUCGUCGCCGGAACCGACACUUCAUCGGUAGCGGUGGAAUGGGCGAUGUCAGAAAUGAUGAAGAACCCACGAGUUCUAAGCAAGGCACAAUCCCAAAUACGACAAGCUCUAAAGGGGAAAAAUGCAAUAACGGAUAAAGACCUACAAGGUUUGACCUACUUAAAAUCAGUGAUCAAGGAAACUUUCCGACUUCACCCAUCAAUCCCUCUCCUGAUCCCAAGGGAAAGCAACCAAGACUGUGUCGUUUCGGAGUACAUAAUCCCCGCCAAGACAAGGGUCAUAGUCAAUGCUUGGGCCAUAGGGAGGGACCCCGAAACCUGGGAGGAUCCAGAGAGCUUCAUUCCAGAGAGGUUUGAUGGAAGCGAGAUCGAUUUCAAAGGGAUGCACUUUGAACUGAUUCCAUUUGGUGCUGGAAGGAGGAUAUGUCCUGGUAUAUCGUAUGCAAUCGCUAACAUCGAGUUGCUUUUGACACAUUUAUUGUAUUGGUUCGAUUGGAAGCUUCCAAAUGGACUGAGGGCCGAGGAUUUGGAUAUGAGUGAGGUUUUUGGACUUGCUGUGGCUAGGAAGGAUCAGUUGUAUUUGGUUGCCAAGUCUUAUGAGGCAAAGGAUUUGGAUAGUUGAAGUGUUGAAAUGGAGGUGGUCAAGGUUGAGUGUUAAGCGAUUAAUUAGUCACCAAAGUCUACUGAGUAGAUUAGUUCCUUGAAGAUGGAAACUUAAGUUGGGUGAAAAUAACAAUUCUUCAUGAUUUAGAGCUUAAUGUUGGACAAUGCUGCAGCCUCAAAUAUUGAUUCAUUGUGUUUUUUUAGCAUUAUGGUUGUAACUUGUAAGAAAAUGAUAUCAAAUUU